GUAGAGGGGCUGUAAGUGAUAUUCUGGGGCACUUGUUCAACAUUUAAUUGUACACUGAAUUGCCUAAUCUUUCAGACACACUGCUGAUACCUCUCUACAGCAAGAAGUGGAGAUACCCGAAACCAGUGUGUGCACCUUAUAUAUCCCAAAACACCGAGAACCCAUUUGCUUAUACCAUUUCGAAAAGCAGUUUUCUUUGCCUGAAUGUUAUUCUGCCUAAAUCACGUCAGUAUUCCCGGUACACGUCCUCAGCGAUAGUCGGCAUUUGAGUGUAACAGCAACCUCUCACUGAUUCCACCAUUCUACUCAAGUGCAAUCAAAGUUAAUUUUAAAAUUCCCACAAAGACCCAGAGUGAAGUCGGAGGUUGCAACAGCCUUAAAACGCAAUGUUGGUUGUUCCUUCUCUCCCUGAUCUGUUUGUGUACGUUUUCUCUUCGGGAUGUUACGCUCUCCCAUCCGACGGGAGCCGGAGCCGGCCACCCACCAGCGCCGCGAUGUCGCCGGCUUGUGCCCAGGGGAAUGCGCGCGGCGUGGCGGUUGGUGGGGGCGGCGCGCGCUUGCGCUGCGCGGGGACAGAGGGAGCUGCGCGUGAGUCGGCAGGGUCGCGCGGAGACAGGCCGGCAGCUCAGCGCGUCCUCACUGAGCGUGAGGCCGGGCGGCGAGGGCGCACUACACGAAGGAUUAAAAAUCGCCGUUUCUGAUGGAGAACCGCCGAGGAUAUUACUGACGUCCCGAAGGGUCACCGUGGGAUCCUUCUGUGCCUUAACCUGCAUACAAUCAAUCAUGAGACUCAAAAGGAAACCAAGCCUAUUAACAUGCCACACAUUAAUGUCGUUAUUUCUUCUGACACUUGAGCUUCUCAGUGGUACACCAAGCGAAGAAGAGUUGGUGGUCACAACUACUCGAGGAAAAGUGAAAGGAAUUCCAAUAAAUGUACUUUCGGGUACAGUCACUGCUUUUCUGGGCAUACCAUAUGCAGAACCACCUAUUGCUGAACUUCGAUUUAAGAAACCGGAACCUCGACGUCCCUGGUCUGGGUUGUGGAUUGCAAACAAAUAUCCAAACACAUGUUACCAGUAUAUAAACAACUCUUCCUCUGGUUACUCUUGGGAGGAAAUGUGGAAUCCUAACACAAAACUUAGUGAGGAUUGUCUGUAUGUUAAUGUGUGGGUUCCAUCACCAAGACCAAACAAUGCAGCUGUUAUGGUAUGGAUUUUUGGUGGAGGCUUUGCUUCAGGCACCUCUUCCCUGGCAGUCUAUGAUGGGAGAUAUCUAUCUUACGUUGAAAAUGUAAUUGUAGUUUCUAUGAACUAUAGGUUAGGUGCUUUAGGUUUCUUAGCUUUACCUCGUAGCCGCAAUGUUCCUGGGAAUAUGGGAUUAUUUGACCAACGUUUAGCACUUGAGUGGGUUCAAGAAAAUAUAGUCGCAUUUGGAGGAAAUCCCAAAAGUGUGACCUUGUUUGGAGAGAGCGCUGGAGCAGCUUCAGUACAUCUGCAUAUCCUUUCACCUAAAAGCCAUUCUCUGUUUACAAGAGCAAUAAUGCAAAGUGGUUCCUCAAAUGCUCCUUGGGCUGUCUUAAAAGACGCUGAGGCAAAACAUAGGGCUACAGUUUUGGCCAGCCGCCUUGAAUGUCCUUACAAUAAUGAUACAGAGUUAGUGAGUUGUCUUCGUGGUAAACAUCCCCAAGAGAUAAUAGAGAAGAGUAUCACAAUCUUAACAGAUAACCUUUUGGCUGGAUAUGUUUUUUUACCUGUAGUUGAUGGCGAUUUUCUCACUGGACUGCCAGAAGAAUUAAUUCAAAUGGGAAACUUUAAACAAAUCCAAAUCUUAACAGGUGUGAACAAACACGAGGGGAGCUUCUUUUUGGUGUAUGAGGUUCCUGGUUUCAAGAAAGAUACAGAAAGUCUCAUUACUCGUGAAGAAUUCCUGCAUGGUGCAAGGAUGUCUUUUCCUGAAGCUGGUGAUAUUGGACUAGAGGCUGUUAUCUUCCAAUAUACAGAUUGGACAGAUGAGAACAAUGCAACAAAGAAUCGUGAUGCUUUAGUUGAUCUGGCUGGAGACUGCAAUUUUGUAUGUCCACUGAUGGAUUUUGCUAAUAAGUUUGCUGAAUGUGGAAAUACUGUCUACAUUUAUUUGUUUGACCAUCAUGCUUCAAAUGCAGAUUGGCCUGGGUGGAUGGGAGUUAUGCAUGGCUACGAGAUUGAAUUUGUAUUUGGAAUUCCUCUUGCCGAAAGGCUCAAUUACACAACAGCAGAGCAGACACUCAGCAGAAAAAUGAUGCACUACUGGGCAAAUUUUGCAAAAACUGGUAACCCAAAUGAACCCAAAAUGCAAGGAAUGAAGUGGCCUGAAUAUACGCAAUUAGAACAGCGAUACAUAACUUUAAACACUGAAACACCAAGAAUUUAUAUGAAACACCGUGCUCAGCAGUGUGCCUUUUGGAAUCAAUUUCUUCCCAAACUUCUUCAAAGAACAGCAUACAUGGAUGAAGCAGACCAACAGUGGAAGCAGGAAUUCCAUCGAUGGAACUCUUACAUGUCAGAUUGGAAAAGUAAAUUCAAUGCUUAUAACAGCAAAAAAGAUAGUUGUACUAGUGUUUAAACAGUUUCCCUCUGCAAAAUCACUUGUGACAAACAGUUCUGUUUGCCUAAAUGCUUGCUAAGUCUUCAAUGGUAAAAUAGCCUUAAGUUAUUAACUCCCUAAGUGCAAAACAUGUUAUACACUACCUGUUUAGUAAUUAAUAUAUCCACAUUUAUAAGAUGUUUCAUUUCAAGGACCCUGCUAUCACUUCCAAGACCACUGCAAAGAUUUUGUUGCAUUUUGUCCAACAUUUAAGGUUCUUUUUGCUACCUUACUGUUUUCUCAAUUUAUCUAUUAUUCUCUCUAGCAGUUUUCUGCUUUUGGUUUUGUCCCAUUCUCUGGUUUUAAUUUGAAUGAGCAUGCAUUUACUUUUCAAUUUGAAUCUUUCACCUCAUUUUUGUAUCUCCAGUAUGAUGCUGUAUUUCUACUUUACCUGAAUUGUACCUUUUUUGUUAGCUGUUAUUUUCACAAAAUGAUUUAAGUAAUAACAGGAAGAGCAAUUAAUAAAAUUUAAAAUCAGAAUUUGUCAAAAUAUCCAUAAGGCUAUCACACUUGCUGCCAUGCACUAACGGUGCCGUAGCUUCAGGUGAGGACUGCUAAAUAUGAAUAGUACGUCAUUGCAGAGCAUCAAGUGGGGUGCAGUUGCAGUGUUUGCAUGAGAGAGACAAACUAAGCAUGCUGCGGAGAAUUAGAGUUGGCAUGAAGUGACACCAAGCCGCUUCUUUUAGACCCAGAAAACAUCCAUGCAUAUUGGAUUGGCUAUUGGGCAUGCUUCUAACAUUGUGCCAAUUGUGAAUUACUACCAGUGAACUUUUCUUGUGAAAACUCUCAAGUGUGAAACCUAAUUUCUUCAAAUUUCAACAAUUGUUUGAUGAUUUUUAAAAUGUUUAGUUCACCUUUUUGUCUGUCCUCUUUUUGUUACCCAAUCUUUCUUUUCAUGUCUUACUUUUCUGUUGAUUUGAUAUUGAAUUCACACAUUCAAAUUUAUAUUGAUUAGUCAGUCUUUGUACUGUUAAUUUGUAUAUUUUUACAUCUGAUUGGUCAAGGAGAUGCUGUUGACAGUUGCUAACCCUGUUCACUUUCAAAUCUUCUCCAGGCAUACUGGCCACUGAGGAGCAUUCCUAAUGUGGUUCAACAGGUUGAUAAUCAUCCUGUUAAUCAUUCCAAAGCUUUCCUACUACUUUUUAAAAUAAGAAAAGUGUGUUAAGAACAAAACAAACAAACCUUCAUUCCAGAUGCCCAGAUUGACACCAUUAGCAUAUCUUUAUCAGUCUGUACCUCAGCAACUUUUCAAACAAAACCUUGUUGAAAUGGGCAUCAAAUCUAACUAAUGGCAAACACCCCUGAACUCGGCUCUAUGGCAUAUUAAUAUCUGUUUUUAUUCAGUAAGUCUGUAAGUUAUGCAGGUAUAAAAUUCUGAAUGCUAGACUGCUAGUCUGUUCAUAAUUUACAUAUACACAGAUUAUUACUUAAAAUUACCAUACAGUUUUUUUUGUGCUGGGGGAGAGGAAGAUAAGGGGAAUGUCAUGUGAGGGGGAGAGAUACAAGAGAGAGGGUUAGUAAGCGCAUGAGGGAUGGUAAACCGGUGAGGAAAGGUGUGCGAGUCCAACACAGUACAUAAGAAUGAGGGAGAAAGAAUGUGUGCACAUGUAUGAGCGUGAUGGAUGGAAAAUAUAUGCGCAUGUGAGAUUGUGUGGGAAAGUGUGUGUGACUGUGAGAGCGUGAUGGAGGGAGAAAUUGUACAUGUGAGUGAGGUUGAGGGAGAGAGACCGCGUGUACAUGUGAGAAACAGAGUGUGUGCCUGAGGGACAGUGAGUGAGUUAGCAUAUGGGAGAGGUUGACAGAGUGAUCAUUUGGAAGGAAGGGUGAGAGGGAAUGCAUGUGCGAAAACAAUGGGCUUGAUAGAGUGGAUAGGAAGAAACUGUUCCUGCCCAUAAAAGAAUCAAGAGCCAGAGGAUGCCAAUUUGAAAGGGUUUUCAAAAGGUGCAAAUGUGAUGCAAGAAAAAUCUUUUUCACACAGAGAAUAGUUAUGGUUGUGGAAUGCUGGGAACUGUGGUGGAGGCAGGCUCAAGUGAGGCAUUCAAGAUGGCAUUGAAUGAUUAUUUCUAUUUAAAUAAUGUCCGUAGGUAUGUGUAACAAGCAAGGAAUUGGCAGUAGGUAAUGAUGCUCAUUUGAAGUACUAGUGCUAUAUCAUGGGCCAAAUGGCCUCUUUCUGCAACAUAGCGCUCUUAUGAUUCUGUGAUUGUGUGUA